AUGUUGGGAGCCCGUACUCUGCGGUGCUUGUCCAGACCAACAUUCAGACUUGCACAUUCGACCGUCGUUCACUGCCAGCGGGGGCCCAGACCCAGCGUCAGAUGGGCCACCAGCCAGGCUACCGCUGCCUCAGUAGCAGGAGAGGCAGCACCGGCGAUUCCUCCGGUCGGCGGCGGCCAUGUGCGUCUCCGCAAGUACCAAGAGGAAUGCAUCCAAGCCGUGUUGUCCUCCCUGGAGCAAGGGCACAAACGCAUCGGCAUCUCCCUGGCCACGGGCGCCGGCAAGACCGUCAUCUUCACCCAGUUGAUUGAUCGAAUCAGGGCCACCUCUCAACAUGCAGACCAGACGCUCAUCCUGGCCCACCGCCGCGAGCUGGUCGAGCAGGCCGCCAGGCACUGCACGAAUGCUUACCCCGACAAGACUGUCGAUAUUGAAAUGGGCAACAUGCACGCCUCCGGAACUGCCGACAUCACCAUUGCCAGUAUACAGAGCAUCACGUCGGGCGAUCGGAUGAGCAAGUUUGACCCAAAGCGGUUCAAGCUCGUCCUGGUCGACGAGGCGCACCAUAUUGUCGCUCCGGGUUAUCUGCGGGCGCUGGAUCACUUUGACCUGGACCAGAAGCGGCAAUCUUCCCCAACCCUGAUUGGAGUCUCGGCCACCUUUUCCCGCUUCGACGGCCUGCGGCUCGGUGCCGCCAUUGACGAGAUCGUCUACCACAAGGACUAUGUCGACAUGAUUGGGGAAAAGUGGUUGUCCGACGUGAUAUUCACCACGGUGGCAUCGACGGCCGACCUCUCGCGGGUGCGCGACGGCGCCAACGGCGACUUUCAGCCGGCCGAGCUGUCCCGCGUCGUCAACACGGACCAGGUCAACGAGAUCACGGUGCGGAGCUGGCUCGCCAAGGCACGGGAGAGGCAGUCGACGCUGGUCUUUUGCGUCGACCUCUCCCACGUUUCCGGCCUCACUCAGACCUUUCGCAGCCACGGCAUCGACGCUCGUUUCGUCACCGGUGACACUCCCAAGGUGGAACGGAGCGAGCGCCUCGAGGCCUUCAAGGCGGGAAAGUUCCCCGUGCUGGUCAACUGCGGCGUAUUCACAGAAGGGACCGACAUUCCCAAUAUCGAUUGCAUCAUUUUGGCCCGGCCAACAAAGUCUCGUAACCUCCUUGUGCAAAUGAUUGGGCGUGGCAUGAGACUGCACCAGGGGAAAACUAACUGUCACAUUAUUGAUAUGGUGUCGAGUCUAGAGACAGGCAUCGUUACAACGCCUACGCUAUUUGGUCUCGACCCAAGCGAGCUGGUGAGCGAUGCCUCAGUCGAAGAUAUGCGCGACCUGAAUGCUCGCAAAGAAGCAGAAGCAGAGAGAGCCAAUAAGGUCAACUCGUCAAAGCCACAAGCAUCCAACGAGGGCGCUGUUCGCAGCCUCACCUUUACAGAAUACGACUCAGUCUUUGAACUCAUUGCCGACUCUUCAGGAGAAGAGAACAUUCGAUCAAUCAGUCAGUAUGCUUGGGUAGAAGUCGGACCGGACCGGUACAUACUAUCGGUCCCAAGUGGAACAUACAUUAGACUAGAAAAGGACGAGCCCGCUUUGGACGGAACACCAAGGUUCGGCGCCUGGGAGAUUAGAAUGCUUCCACAAGGCACGGCAUCCAAAUCGCCAUUCGCGACGCCGCGGCGGCUCCUCGAAGCCACAACUUUUGCGGACGCCGUCCACGGCGCAGACAAGUAUGCAUCGGAAAAGUUUCCCAAUAACUUCAUCUCCCGGCGAAUGAGGUGGCGUAAAAGUCCGGCCACCAAGGUGCAGCUCAAACUCGUCAACAGGAUGCGAUCCCCAGACGAUCAGCUGACGCCGGCAGACAUCACCAUGGGCAAGGCGUCCGACAUGAUUACCAAGAUCAAACAUGGAGCACGCGGGAGGUUUGCUGCCAUUGAUGCCGACAAGCGACGCAGGCAACGCCAGGCUACGCUCGUGGAGCAGCAGAAGGAGAGGAAGCUGAGGGAGAAGGUGACUGUAGGACCUUUAAGUGUAUAA